AUGGCCCAUCUUUUCAAGCCGUACCACGUGAACUUGUACCUGAUCCCAUUCGCCCUCGCCUUUUCCACCGACCGAAUCGCGGAGGUCCGAAAAGGCGGGGUUCGAAUGCUGGCCGAGGUCUUGGCCCUCCUCAUUCGACACGAGCACGCGGCCUGCAAGAUCAGCGGCCUCCCAAUCGACGCGCCGAAUGCGAUGCCGUUGAGUGACGCCUUCCUAAAAGACGUCCGCACUGGGUUCUGGAAGUCGCUGAAUUGGAGAAAACGACAGAGGUAGGUGAAAGAAGAGCUGAGACCACUAGAAAAAGGAUUUUGGCCAGAUUGGCUGGGUUACUGUAAUUUUAUGGACGAAUUUUUCAGCUUCGCACAAAUGCUGGAGAUCCUGGCGAGAGAGCGAUUGUUGACCCCGAAAACGUUUUGCCAAACCUUCAAACAGCCGCUGCUCGAACUCUCCAUGGAUCGUAAGUUGGUUUAGGAGAAUUAUUGAGGGAGAUUGGGAAGAGGGUUACGGUAGUUUGGGAGAUUUUUUGAUAUUACACUAGGUUUAGUGGGAGCUUCGGGAAAAAUGAUUUUUUGAGGAAUUGAGGGGUUUUAAAAUACGGAAAAGAUAUAUUCAGGCUUGGCUAAAUAAUAAUGAGUAGAUUGGAUGGAUUUUUGUAGCGAUCCAAAGUGUUUUUGGCUUCAAUUCAAUGGUUUUUUGGAUGUUAUACUAGAUGAUAUAGAGGUUUUUGGGGAAUGGUGAUUUGAGAAAUUGAAAAUGGGUUUAAAAUACGGGUUCGAAUUAUUUGGGCUGUAGUUGCAGUGUUAAGUAAUUUUAAAUCAUUUUUGCGGAGAUUAUAACCAGUUUUUGGCUUGAAUUGGGAUGAUUUUUGAAAUAAGAAUGGAUUUUAGGGGAUUUGGGGAAGUUGAUGAUUUUUUUUUUGAAUUUCCAUUUGUUGUAAAAUACGGCUGACGAUAUCGUGUGAUUACUUUUGUCUUGCGAAAGUCUUGAUAGAUUAAAAACAUUUUGUUUUCGCGAUAUUUUUUAGGAAAAAUUGGUACUUUUUGGGGGUUUUUGUUCAAAAAAUUUUUAAUUUUUAAUUUUUUUUUAUUUUAAAAGUUGUAGCGUGGAUGUAAAGGCUUGGUACGUAUUUUACAAUUUUUUUUUACGGUGGCGGACCUGAUCCAGUGGCAAAAAACGCACCAUUUUGCAUCCGGGAAGUAUCAAAAAUGUGGCAAAAUGCUUCUCUCUCCAAGUGAAAAAACUCCGAUUUCAAAAGCGCUCUUUUUGUGAGGGAAAGGGCGCCCUUCAAAACGAAGUUUUUUCACUUGGAGAGGGAAGCAUUCUGCCACAUUUUUAAGGCUUCCCGGAUGCAAAAGGAUACGUUUUUUGCCACUGGUUCAGGUCCGUCACUGUAAAAGAAAACUUGUAAAAUACGUACCAAGCCUUUACAUCCACGCUACAACUUUUAAAAUCAAAAAAAAAUAAAAAGUUUUAAAAAAAUUUUUUGAACAAAGACCCUUAAAAAGUAUCAAUUUUUCUUGGAGGGGGAAGAUACUUCCCGGAUGCAAAAUGAUACGUUUUUUGCCACUGGAUCAGGUCCGUCACUGUAUUACACAGGGUCUUGAAGGAAAUUUUAAAAAAAUUUUUGUGUUUCUUUUCUUAUUGAAGGUCAUAUCUCCCAAUUUCAGAGAUCCACAACGUCCGCCAGUACUUUUGCACCGUCGUUGAGAGCUUGGGCCGCGAGCGCAUCGAGGCCGCGGACCCGGAACUGAACUCUGUGAUCAUCGGAAGGCUUCAUGAUAUGGCCGCGCGGGAUGAGGACCUGGAAAUUCGAACACAAUCCAGAGCAGUCCUCGGCACAGUGGACCCAAAGAAACAGGAAUUGGACCUAAGCCAGAGGGAUAAUUAUCUAGCGGCCGCCGAGGAAAAGGACCGCCAAUUGAGGGAAGAAGACGAUUUUGUGGCCGAAAAAAGCCCCAAAAGUCCUAGAACGUAUGCUGUGAAUGAGAAUCCAGAAGUACACAGUCAUUUGACGGACCUCCCGAAGUGAGUUGGCCAUUUUUUUGGGGAAAUUUGAGGUUUUUGGAGGUUUUUUGGGGUUUUUUUUUUAAUUUCGUGGUGAAAAAUUGGGAUUUUUAUGGGAAUUUUUUGGACUCACGGUUUUUGAACAUGAGGUAUUAGUUAAUUUGAAGGGGCUUUAUGGAAUUUUUCAGCGAUUUUUUGUUUCGAAUUUUGAGAAAUUUUAGGUUUUUUGGAGAUUUUUUGGAAAAAAUGCAAAGAUUUUUGAAUUUAUGCAAAAUUUUUUUGGUCAAUUUGAGGGUUCAAUUAUUGCUAGUAUCUUGAAAAGCAUGAUUGAUUUUUCUGGGCCGAUUUUUUCUUCGAAAUUUUUUGUAUUUUGAAUUUUUCUUUAUUUUCUUUGAUUUUUUUGUCAUUUUAAAAAGUUUUUUCGCUUUUUCAGAAAAUUCGCGGAGAUUCAGAAGAAAACCGAAGCCAGUAAAAGCCAGCUAACCAGCCCUUUGUCUUCAUUAGCAUCAACGUCCGUUCUAAAUAAUCAAUUUGCGUGGAUCCCACCGAGACUUCGAAGGAAUGGAGUCUCAGUCGAAGAAGACGAAAAAAUAUUGACUGGCCGGUUUAAAGAAGAGGAAGAGGACAAUGACGAUGAUGGUAAGAAAGUUUUUGAGACGUUAGUUUGGACGUAGGAAAUGAUUUUGAAGGUUGGGCAGGGCGCAGCUUGCGGAUGAAAUUUUUGAUGGAAAUGUCGGAAUUGAGGAGAGUUUGGGGUAAAAUACGAUGAGAUCUUGUUGAUAGUUGAAUAAUAUUUAAUGUAAAGCGGAUUGGAGUUAUUUUUGAAAAGCAGGGCGCAGCUUGCGAAAUCAAAAAAAAAUUUUUUUUCUUUUUUGUAUUUUUGAUGAUAAUUUCUGGAUAAAUUAAGAUUUGUGGACUCGAAUAUAAUGGAUUUUAAUUACAGAUCUCCCAGAUGACUUUAACACCACUAUCAACGACGUUGACGACCUGGAUUUCCAGUCCCAUGACCUGGAAUACGACGAACCGGACAAUGAUUUCAUGAAGAAACAUCCCAGCCUAAUCGUCGCCAAAGUCGCCCCACAACCGAUAGAACCCGAAGAAGUAAAAAACAACGAAUCCACUGUCUAA